UUUUAAAAAUCAAUUAGUACUCACUAAACAUUGUUUUGAUCGUCGUCUUUUUAAACUGACAAAUGUUUUCAUUCUUCUGUCUAAUUGUUAAGUGUGUGUCAGCAAUUAGUGUAAAAUCCAAGAAUAGAUUACUCCAGUGCAAGUGAAACUUUCUUGAAAAUAGGACUCUUCAACUUGAAAAUAGAAGAGCAAAAGUUUUCAGCUUUAUGUUGAACAAGUGAAGUGGGUGUCUGCUAUAAAUGGCAAAGAAGAGGGGUAGGAAGAUUUUGAACAAAACAGAAAUUGCAGAAGAUUGGUGCUUUGAAUGUAAAGAUGGAGGAGAGCUCAUGAUUUGUGAUUAUGGGGAAUGUUUGAAAGCUUAUCACCCUGCAUGUGUGGGGAAAGAUGACUCAGUUUUGACAAGUGAUGACCGUUGGAUAUGUGGAUGGCAUACAUGCUUAGUUUGCCGGAGAAGUUCAAAUUAUCAAUGCUAUUGUUGUGAUAGAGCUGUAUGCUCUCGCUGCAUUGGUCGUGUUGAUUUUGUCCUACUUAAAGGGAAGUAUGGAUUCUGCAAUAACUGCCUAAAGCUCGCAUUGCUUGUGGAAGAAGACAGGAAUGUUGAUUCUGAUGGGGAAAGUGUAGACCUCAGAGAUCGGGAAACAUACGAGGGCCUUUUCAGGGAGUACUACGAGAUAGUAAAGGAAAAAGAAGGAUUUGACAAAAAUAGUCUUCUUGCUGGUAAGGCUCAACUAGACAAGGAGAAGAUUUGCCAAAUUAGCUCUGAUUCAGAUAAACAUAGUGAAGAAGAGGAUGGACACAGUGAAGAAGAGGAUGAACAGCUUUCUUCGGACAAUGGAGAUUUCAGUGAAGGAGAAUCUCAGAAGAAAAGGCUAAAAAAGAAAAGAUGUACACAGCAGAAAACAAAGAUUCAAAGAAGUGUCAAUUCAAAGAAAAAAGUAUUCGUUGGAUGGGGAUCAAAAGCUCUUAUGGACUUUCUUCAGUUUAUUGGUCAUGAUACCAGUGAAAAAUUAUCCCAAUAUGAUGUGACUUCAAUAGUAACCAAAUAUAUAAAAGAACAUAACCUUAUCCAUCCAGUUAAAAAGAGAAGGAUCCUUUGUGAUGUUCGGUUACAAGCUGUUUUUGGGAAGAAAGUGGUAAACAGACACAGAAUAUUCAGCCUCCUUGAAAGCCAUUUUAUUGAAAAUGAGGAGCAAUUACAAAAGGAUGAGCAUGAUCAUGAUCUUGAAGAUGAUGACACAGAAAUGUUGGUGGCUCCGAAAACUGAGAAAAAGGUUGAACAAAAGAAGAUAUCCUCAAUUUGGUAUUCAACUGCAGCACAAAGUCAAUUUGCAGCCUUGAUUCCUGAAAAUAUCAAACUCGUUUACUUGAAAAGGAGCUUGUUGCUGCAGAUGAUCAAGCAGCCUGAGUCAAUUGAAACCAAGAUUAUAGGAAGUUUUGUUCGGGUCAAGUUAGAUCCACGUGAUUAUGAGCAGCGUAACUCUCACCAGCUUGUGCAAAUUGGAGGGAUCAAGCUCAGAUCAAGCGAUAAGUGCAACAGCGAGAUUUUAAUUCAAGUUUCACAUAUGGCCGGAGAUGUUUGCUCGACCAUGCUUUCUGAUGAUGAGUUUUCUAAGGAAGAAUGUGAUGAUCUGAGAGAGAAGGUGAAAGCCAGCCUGCUUAAAAAGCUUACAAUUGUGGAGCUUGAACAGAAAGCUAAAAUCCUUCACGAGGACAUCACAAAGCAUAGGAUUGCUCGAGAGCUGGAAUUAUUGCAGAAACUCAUUGAUCGGGCAAAUGAGAAAGGAUGGAGACAUGAACUUUUCCAGCAUCUGGAGAAAAGAAAGCUCCUACAGCAACCUUCGUACCUGUCAUUUGUGCUGCAGAAUAUUCCUGGAGUGAUUCCAGAGGAAGUAGAGCUUGAAUCUAUUGAUAGGAAUGACAAUCAAAUGCACCAAUACUCAGAUGAGACAACCCCUAUGAAUCAGAAUAUUCCCGGAGUGACUCCCAAGAAAGUAGAGCUUGAACCUCUGGCUAAGAACGAGAAGGAUGUCAAUCAGAUGCACCAAUGCUUAGAUGAGACAACCCCUACAAAGAAAAAUAUUCUUGGUGUGAUUCCCGAAAAAGUAGAGCUUGAACGUCUGCUUAAAGAUGAGAGGGAUGGCAAUAAGAUGCAUCAAUGCGUGGAUGAGACACCUCCUACUGGAGUUGUCAAAUGUGAACCGAAAGAUGGAGCACCUUUUUCCGAUAGUUUGUAGAUGUAAUGUAGCUUCGUGCAACUCCCGUCUUCUCCUUCCUUGGUCAAAUUGGCGUUGUCAAGCCUUUCCUGGAGAACGUUAGUAGCUCGUCUCUAAUGGGAGGAAGAUGCUUCUAUUAGUUGCAGGUCUAACCAGCUAAGACUUUUUUUCAGACCGCUCUAGUUAAUAUAAGAAAAAACAGGUGUAGUCAUUUUGAAGUUGCAUUUGCUCUUACCCUAUAUCAUGAUUCAUGAGAAUGGAUCAAGGGUUAGAUGGUGUAUUCUUUUCAACUUAAUGCAACUUAUCUCCCUUUUCCAGAA